AUGAAAAUAUUAAAGUGGUCUACUGAUUUUGAUCCAGGUAAGGAACUUCCUAAAGUUCCUACUUGGUUCAAGCUCCCUAGACUAAAGCUCCAUUUCUUCAACCUUAAAGUUCUGUUUAACAUUGGACAAGCCUUGGGUAAACCUCUUAAGUUGGAUGUUCCAACUUUUAAUUUAUCAAGACCAUUUGUAGCAAGAAUCUUAGUGGAAAGGAACCUUACUCUUCCAACAGUGGAUGAAAUAUGGUUGGGAACUGAACACAAUGGGUAUUGGCAGAAAAUAAUUGCUGAACAGAAACCCUAUUAUUGUUUCCAUUGCUGCAUGUUUGGGCACACUGACAACAAAUGUUUUAAACUACAUCCUCACCUAAGGAUCCAUCAUCAUGGGGCUUCAAAAGAUGCUGCUAUGCCUGAGAGAGAAAGGGAUAUUUCUGAUAAGUGUCUUGGUGAAACCAUUUCUGAGAGGAAUGCCCAUGGUCCCAAUGAAACUAUCUUGGCCACCAAGGCUGUUGUGGCCAUUGAGACUGAAAAAGUAGACAAUCAAUUAAAUAUAGAUUGUCCUGACCAUUACUUGUUGAAUGUGACUGAAAAUUUACCCAAGGAGGCUGCUGGCCCUUCAAUAUGUCACCUUGAACCAUCUGCAAUACAGAUCAUAACUAGUGAAGAAAAUGCCUCUGCAACCUCUGACCCAGAGCCCUUGAACACUAAGGAGCCUCCUGUGGUCCCAGUUUGGUUUAAGCUACCUGGUCUUCCAUUACCUUACUUCAAGCUUAAUGCACUUUUUAAUAUAGGGAGAGCACUAGGUACUCCCCUCAAGGUUGAUGCUCCUACUUUCAAUAAGGCCAGACCUACUCUUGCUAGAAUUUAG